AUGGGUUGCGGUGGAGGCUUGAGAUGCUGUGAGUUGCGGUUGAAGAUUUUGUGGUUGGGUUUGGUGGACUUAAUCGGUGAGCAGUCAGGGGUUCGGCAUGAUAAAAGCUGGGUGUGGAUGUCUUUUGGUUUGGGACGCGGAGGAUUGGGGCCGGAGAUACCCGAGGACCUAUAUAACCUGAUUAAGAAGGCUGUGGCGGUGAGGACGCAGUUGGAGAGGAACCGAAAGGACAAGGACUCGAAGUUCCGUCUGAUUCUGAUCGAGAGUCGUGUGCACAGGGUGGUGCGGUACUACAAGCGAAAGAAGCAGCUUCCAGCCAACUGGAAGUUUCAGGAAGAUUGCAUGUGUCAAUUUUCAAUUCAGAAAAUUUGA